AAGGGAGUGUUUGGCUAAAAAAUUUUGUUUUUCUUUUGUAAGCUAAAUUAUGAGACUUUUGUUUCUUUGUGGGGAUGUUUUUUUUUUUUUUUUUUUUUCUUUAUGGCCCAGAUUACUGCUUGUGGGAUCAAGUCUCGAUCUAUGUGAUUGGUUCUCUCUCUCUUUCUCAUUGAAGGAGUUUAUUAAGAAGCCUCUACAAACAAUACCUGAUGAAGAUGAGUGUCGCAACAAAGAAAGAAGGAAAGAAAGCUGAUAAAAAGGCUGUAAGUUUAAAGCCUAAAAGAAAGCUGAUAACCGAAAGAAAAAGAAAGAAAUAAAGAAAAGAAAGUAAGAAACAAAGAAAAUAGCUUUUCUUCCUUCUUCCUUCUUCCUUCUUCUUCUUCUUCUUCUUCUUCUUCUUGCUCGAGCUACUCUCCUUCUCUACCCACUGAUCUUAUCUCUUCCCCCUUAUGAUUCACUAGUUUAACCUGCUUCUUACGCUUUAUAUUGUCUAUUCCUGUUCAAAAUAGAAGCACGCAGAGAAACAUCAGCAACCCAUGUUAGCCAAUAACUCUUCCUCCUCAGUUCCUUCUUCUGAGCCAUUUUCUUGCUUAGAAAAUGGAAGUAACAAUAAUAAGAGGAAGAGAAGGCCUGCAGGAACACCAGAUCCGGAUGCAGAAGUGGUUUCCCUAUCCCCUAAAACGCUACUGGAAUCGGACCGAUAUGUAUGUGAGAUCUGCAACCAAGGGUUUCAAAGAGAUCAAAACCUACAGAUGCACAGGCGGAGACAUAAGGUCCCAUGGAAGUUACUAAAGCGAGAGACUCCUGUGGUUAGGAAAAGAGUUUUUGUGUGCCCGGAACCUAGUUGCUUACACCAUGAUCCAUGUCACGCGCUUGGUGAUCUUGUUGGGAUUAAGAAGCACUUUAGAAGGAAACACAGUAAUCACAAACAAUGGGUCUGUGAAAAAUGCUCUAAAGCUUAUGCUGUUCAAUCUGAUUAUAAGGCCCAUCUCAAAACUUGUGGCACCAGAGGCCAUUCCUGCGAUUGUGGCCGUGUUUUCUCAAGAGUCGAGAGUUUUAUCGAACACCAAGAUGCUUGCAAUAUGGGACGUCUACGACCUGAUCGGCAGUCCCAGUCGACACUGCAGCCAGCUGCAUGCCUGUCUAGAACUGCUUCAAGCCCAAGCCCUUCCACUGAUAACAACUUCAGUACUGCACCUUGGCCUCCUUUACUAAUAGCAAGGCCAACAAGUACUGAUGCCAUCUUCUUGGUGAGCCCUACUACUAUAGAUAAAAAAGACUACAAUUUGGAUCUCCAGCUCUCAAGCACAUCAAAUCCUCUUGUACUCUCAAUCUCGCCUAAGAGAGAUGAUAAUCACUCCACUCAACUGCAACUCUCUAUUGGUUCAAGUGAUCUCAGUGAGAAAAAUGAAUCACAUAUUGCUUCUACAAAUAAAGAUGCUGGCAAACUCUCACCUAGAGAGAGCAAUAACAGUGAGAAACCUGAAUCUGCUGCCUUAAGACUUAAAGAACAAGCGCGGGAGCAGCUGAGGUUGGCUAUGGCAGAGAAAGCUUAUGCUGAAGAGGCAAGACAGCGGGCGAAAAGACAGAUUGAAUUGGCGGAACAAGAAUUUGCUAAUGCCAAGAGAAUAAGGCAACAAGCUCAAGCUGAGUUCGAUAAGGCUCAAGCUCUAAGAGAGCAUGCAAUGAAGCAAAUCAAUUCAACAUUACUUCAAGUCACUUGCCAUGCCUGUAAGCAGCAAUUUCAGACAAGGACACCUCCAGAUGAGAACUCUUUGGUUUUGAGUCACAUGUCAUCAGCUGUAACAGAAGGUGAAGUAGAGAAUGACAACUUAACUGAUCUAGCGAAGACUUCUAAAUUCUAACCCAUGCAUUAGUACUCUUCUACAUGUAGCUUCUUCCUUUCUCUUCUUUUUUCUCGGAAUGGUUUUUUUCUUUUUUAAUUCCCAUCAUCCUCACUUUCUUUAUCUAUUGAUAUAGCGAGUGGGCUGUAGUCAUUACAUGUCUCAGUUUCAUUAAUGACGGGUGGGUUUUGUAUCAGACAUUGAGAGUAUGUAUAAUAUUAUUAAUUUGUUGAUUAAUUUGAUUAAUGAAAGCUGUAAUGAUGGUGAGUUUCCAUA